ACUGCUGUGGCUGCUCUGCUGCUGGCUCUCGGCCUGCACACGUGCGCGCACCCAUCUCUGCUGAAGAGGCGGUGUUUGCGGAGGUUUGCUUGUCUACCUUGUUGCUCGUCUGCUGUAUGCACUUGCGACGGGUGGCGAGAAGAGUUUCGACGAGACAUGGCCGAUGAAGACCACCCACAAGGUCAAACCUCCGCCGGGGGGGAGGGCCUCGUGCAGGAGUCCACUGACUUGCGAUGGGAGGGUCACCGCCUACAAGGGGCCCACAUCGAGCUAAGCCUGCGGUUCGAAGACACAACUCAAACGCUGGAGAGCAAGGGGGACCGCGAGGCCCGGGCGGCGAUGCUGCGGCUGGCGAAGGAGUUCAAGCAGCUCAACGACGGCCUGGCGGCGAAGCUCGCGCGUAUCUCGAUGAUCAACCGAACGCUGGUGGAGAUCCUGAGGAAGAGCGAGGACGGGCAGGCCGCGCUGAUGAUGCGCAAGGCCGCGGAGUUGCUCGUGAAGGGGUUGGCGAACGCCGAGGAAGAAGUGUUCUCCCUCAAGGCCAAGGCCGGAGAGCUCGAGAGGCAGCGAGACCACUACAAAGCCCUCCUGGCGACGACGAACUCCGAGCUAGACAUCUCCCGGGCUCACGCCCAGAUAAGCGAAGCGCUAGGAGGAGAACCGGCGAACUCCUCCUCUUCGGGCGGGGGAGCGGGGGGGGGGGACGAUGCGACCAUCAGGCGUUCCGCGAGCAAGGGCGGGGGCGGGAGGGCCGCCGCCAGGGGGAAAGGGAAAGCCCCGGCCCCGCGGUCGCAGCGUCGCAGACCUGGCGAUGGCACAGAAGCUCGGGCGACAAGCGACGGCGGUAGCGACGGCGGCUCGGUUGGAGACUCGCCACUGGCGGCGGCGGCGGCAGCGGAAAGUAAUAAUAGGGGUGGUGGCAACAGCAGAGGGAGCAGCACCGUGUGGCGGGGGGCUCGGAUUGCGGUGCCUGGAGGAGGCGGCGCCGCCGCGGGCCGGGGUAGCAGCCGCAAACGGGAGGCUCGCCCCCCUGCCGCCGCAGCAGCAGCAGCUACGAUCGGCGGCGGUGUUGCCGCCGCCAGUGCAGCGGCGUCGACCAGACCCGGGCCGAACAAACGCCCGAGGGAGGCUAUGGAGACCGCGACAGACGCACGUGGGCGAGACCGACUGGGUUCCGUUGUCAGCGGCGAUAACACCAAGGACGUGGAGGAGGAGGAGGAGGGAGGGCGCCAGGGCGAGGGCGGCGACGGCGUAAGCUCCGCUGCUGAAGGGGGGAUAGGCCGACGGCAAGGGGACAGAGUCGGCGACAGCGGCGGGGGUGGCGUGGAUGGUAGUGACGGCGGCGGGGGGGGUGGCGACCCCGAGAGCGACUACAACUCGGACGACGCACCGUCCAUGUUUUUCUGACGACGAAACGUUCCGUUUUUUUGCGGAAUCCCCGUGGUCUGUUGACUUGUAUCGUGACGUCGUUGUGGUGUUUUAAUAUCUAUGAACGUUAAAUAGCGUAAAUGUCCGCAUAAUUUUACGCAGCCGUUGUCUUGCUCGUGUGCUUCACACAAUUUAGUUGUAGCUUGGUGUCUGUUUCCGUGUACAUGCACAACCGGUUUAAACCCGGUAUAUCCUGUCCCACGUGUUCAUUCAAUGCAGGGAUGUGAGCGAAGGAAAAAAGACGUGCAGGGUUGAGCUUUUGCCAAUGCGCAAACGGACUUGCGACGCCG